GGCAGUCCUUGGAACGUGGGAAGUUUUCACCAAAGGAUUCUGUCAAAAAAUUUAUCACCUUCAUGUCGACUCUGUUGGAUACUAACCCGCCGAUGCUAUGGUUGCCUUUAUUACGAUCUUACAGGUGAAUCUAGUGAUGUCUAUCCUGUUGUAUGUGAUGGUCCUCGUGUACCUCUAUGGUAUCCAGGCAACCAACAUGGACAGCAGUCACCAGGGGCAACAGCAGCUGAAUCCUGACCCUUUAAACUCUCUCAUCAUCCAGCUGCUUCAGGCUGACCUGACGAGGGGCAAGACUAGGGGAAACCAGAGCCAACAGGGGAAAAGCAGAGACACAGAACCCCAGGCCAUGCUGCCCCGACUCUUCAUUGCAAACUUUUCUUUAGAGGAGCAGGGUGAUGCAGAGCAGUGGGGAAUGGGGAAUCGUGGCGAUGGCAUGGUGGAGCAGCAAGUAACACUGUUAAACUCAGAUUUACUGAGGCAGCACAAGCGGUACAACUCACCUCGAGUGCUGCUGAGUGACCGGCCACCACUGCAGCCACCACCACUGUACCUUGCAGAUGAUUUUGUGAGCAGUGGAUUUGAGGGUAGAGUAACACCAAACAAGACACGAAAGAAGCGUUACGCUGAGCACAAGAGCUAUCGUGGGGAAUAUUCCGUCUGCGACAGUGAGAGCCAGUGGGUGACGGAUAAAACCCAAGCAGUGGACACUAGGGGGGACUCUGUGACUGUUCUUGCCAAAAUUAAAACCAGUGCCACACAGGACAUCAAACAAUACUUUUAUGAGACAAGAUGUCGGACCCCUAGGCCGUUCAAAGGUGGCUGCAGGGGCAUUGAUGACAAGAACUGGAACUCGCAGUGCAAGACAACACAGACGUAUGUUCGAGCACUGACACAGGUUCGUAAUUCAGUGGGCUGGAGAUGGAUACGCAUAGACACAUCCUGCGUCUGUGCAUUGUCUAGGAAGCGUAACAGGACAUAAAACCAUACAAGCCUUGCUGGGGACUACCUGUUUGGAAUUCUUCCUGUAUAGGAUUUUAUUUCCUGUUCACAAUGGUCACCAUCACAUGAUAAUGUGUCAUGGUGAUGAAGAGCAACAUCUUGCUAUAAAAUGAUACAUCUAUUGAAAAAAUCUUGGGUCCAAUUAAAUAUUUCACAUCAAUGUGCUGCAAACCCACAAGCUAAUGCAGUACUGCUGUUAUGAAAGAACUCACUUUAGAGGUGUUGGGGAGUGAAGGAGUAAG